AUUUUUAGACAUGGCCCUACCACAAGGAGUGUGGUCUCUGAAAGACGCGCUCGCUAGAAGAGACGCUCACGAGAAAAAUCAGACAGACAGACAGCAGCGUAGUAAGAGGAAGAAAGUGAUCGAGAUAAGGGAUGACGAGGUAGAAAUGAAACCUCGUGAGGUUAAAAAGAGGAAACCCCCGGCUGAACAUCGCCCUGCUGCACAGGCCUCUGUUUCCUUGACUAAUAGUGUGAAUUCUACCGUGGAGAAUGCUGACGACACUUCUGUCGCUAAAGAAACAGAAAGACCUACAAUUGUUAAAACGAGGAAGCCUCCUAAGAAAAAAUGUCUUGAAUCCACGAUAGAUAAGAGCAUCGAAGAUUCGGUCCGACAGAAGACACUCCCCCGAGAAACACCAGUCAGGAAGUCACCGCGUAUACGGGAAAAGGCGAUAACACUCAGUGAUAGUGACGAUAGUGGCCCAGACCUUCUUCCAGUAACCAUUUGCCGACAGCCGCUGAAGACGACAGAGAACACGGUGCCUCCUGUAACGGGAAAAAGAAGAAAGGUAACGAAGCAGUCCAGCACGCCCCGCAGUGAGAACUUCAGCAAACCCAGAAGUGCUCACGAAAGUGGGGACCUGCCCAUGGAGCUGAAGAAAAUAACAAACAGUAAUGUUAAUACCAGGAGCACUCCACCAACCGCCUCCUCCAAGCGCCUUCUCAACAACCAGCCUGAAAAGCGUUCCAGAAAAGAGCCAACGUUGAACGACUCAAAACCAGAGGUUGUCCAGAUUCCAGAUAAACUUACUGUUGGAAAAAGGAAAGGCAAUAUCACUUCAAAAGUUGUUAAGAUAAAAAAAUCGGCAGCACCAAAAAAGUCUCAAGGACCGAAGAAAGCAGGUAUUGAGGCCCCUCUACCAGUGAACUCCGUGAUUGUGAACUCCACUCAGAAAACAAAGUACACUCUAGAAGAAGUAUUAGGAUCAGGUGGAUUUGGUUAUAUCUACAUAGUCACCGUCGAGGGCACAAAGCGCAAAGCUGUCAUGAAAGUCGAGCCUCAAGAUAAUGGACCCUUAUUCAGCGAGAUGCACUUCUAUCAGCGUGCUGGAAAGAGUGACCAGCUCCAAUCCUGGACCAAAUCUAACAAACUCAAAUACUUGGGGAUACCCGAGAUGUAUGGGUUUGGGAUACACCUUUACAACAAGAUCAAAUACAGGUACUUGGUUAUGCCGUUAUUCGAAGGAGACCUAUUAAAGAAGCACGAAGAACACAAGAAGAAAUUCUCCAUACAGACUGCCCUUAUCCUCUGUAUUCGGAUGGUAGAAGCACUGCAGUACAUGCACGAGGCUAGCUACGUGCACGCAGAUAUCAAGAGCGCUAAUAUUCUCCUCAGGAACGGCGGCAAAGAGGUUUUCCUAGCUGAUUUUGGAUUAGCUCGCAAGUACGUUAUGGAGGGAGUACACAAGGCUUAUAAGGAAGAACCAGCUAAAGCUCACGAUGGCACUAAGGAGUUCACCAGUAUAGAUGCCCACAAAGGAGUACCGCCUUCCAGACGAGGAGAUAUGCAGAUACUAGGCUACUGCUGUAUUAACUGGUUGGGGGGGUCAUUACCUUGGUAUUCCUGGGAUAAUUGUAACAACAUCCGCUCUGAGAAGAUUAAGUAUGAGAAGAAAAGCUCUAACUUGUUGGAGUUCAGUUUGGGUCUAGCUAACUUAUCUUCCAAACCUUGGAAGGCUAUUAAGAACUUCUUGACGAACGUGUUUUCCCUGGGUUACGAGGACAAACCCAGCUACUCCACCAUUUCCUCUUAUCUCAAGUCCGGCCUCACUACAACAGACACUGGGUAUAUGGUAUGGUCGUGAGAACAAGGCAGUAACUUUGUUAAUGGAGACAAUUAAUCACUGUUUUUAACAGGUUUUACGUUAAGUGACUACGUCAUUACUACGUCAUUACUACGUCAUUACUUUAUAAUGACACCUAGUUGGGUGUUAUUGUAACACCGUGUUCUGGUUCUGUUCUUGCUCCUUUUUAUGGAAGUGAAGAGAGAAGGAGAAGCUCAAUAACUAAUAAUGCUAAUAUUGCAGAGAUAUCUGAAUGACAUUUCAUGAUUUUAGAGUCACAUGUAAUUUAAUUAUUAUUAAAAUGAGGUUUCGAAUUGUUUUCUCAUUUGUUGUACUUUCAACUUUUAGUAUUAAGAAUUUA